AUGCGGGCAGCAGCGGCGGCAGCAGAGGGGAUGGAUGGGGAGGCGCGGCUGUCGACGGAGGAGGCGCAGAUCCGCUUGGAGGUGAUGAUUGAGGACCCGCGCGAGGUGGAGCGGCGGCGGCAGAUGGGCAUCGAGAAUGAAAUCGGUGCCCUCCCCAACCUUUCCCCCUCUAGUCCCCCCCUCCCUUUCCCCUCUCCCCUCCCUUCCUCAACCCCCACCUGCCCCUGCAGACUGCAGCGUCCGUUUGGUGCUUGUUUUAAGACAGCUAUGAACAUUUCCCUUUUUGCCCUCCCCUACGCUGCUCCCUCACCUCUCUCCCCCGCCUUCCCCUCCACCCCUCUCCCCCACCCUUCUCUCCCUACCCCUCUCCCCCACCCUUCUCUCCCUACCCCUCUCCCCCACCCUUCUCUCCCUACCCUUCUCCCCCACCCUGUCAUUUCUCCCCACUCUGUCAUUUCUCCCCACCCUGGCAUUUCUCCUCACCCUGUCAUUUCUCCCCACUCUGUCAUUUCUCCCCACCCUGUCAUUUCUCCCCACCCUGUCAUUUCUCCCCACCCUGUCAUUUCUCCCCACCCUGUCAUUUCUCCCCACCCUGUCAUUUCUCCCCACCCUGUCAUUUCUCCCCACUCUGUCAUUUCUCCCCACCCUGUCAUUUCUCCCCACCCUGUCAUUUCUCCCCACCCUGUCAUUUCUCCCCACCCUGUCAUUUCUCCCCACCCUUUCAUUUCUCCCCACCCUGCUACCCUGCUAUUUCUCCCCUCCUUGUCAUUCCCUCCCCCCCCCCCCCUGUCAUUUCUCCCCUCCCUGCUCCUCUCUUUCCUUCCCCCCUGCUAA